GUUUUCCCAGUGUUAGUUUGUAAGAGGUAAUACGUGUAGUGUAUUAUAUCACCUUAUAUGUCUAUAUUUAAUACAGUUUAUAACCCAGGGAACAUACAGUAAUACUUGAUUAUUAUACAGAUCAUUGGGUUGUCCUCAGGAAAAGUCUUUUGUGGUGAAGUUGUUAUGAUAUCACAUUACACCAUUGUUAAUCUACUCUCCAUCCCCAACCAGCACUGUACUACAGAGAUCUGUUAGUCAGUGGAUCUGCAAUAUGAAAUGAGAUACUUUCAACUGAUCCAAGACUUUGGAUAUCAUCACUGUUUUGAACUUGGACAUGGAGAAUGACCAACAGGCAUAUCAUCUCAAGAAGUUAGUUGAGGAACUCACCACAUCAGGGAAAGACAAGUUAGAUGAAACGAAUUUCAAGAAAGUGAAAAAUAUUUGUAAGCGCUCUGACAUAUAUGUAAUUGAGUUAUACAGGUUACUCAGCAAACAACUUAAAAGAAAACAUGCAGAGAUAAGAUUUAGUGCCUUUCAAAUUUGUGAUGAAAUUUUCCGUAAGUCCCACUGCUUUCGUGAGUUAUUGUUGAAAGAUUUUUGUAAUAUUGUUGACCUUGUACUAGGGUUGGAUCCCCAAAAACCACUCCCAAAACCUGAAGCAGUCGCCAAGAACCUUAAACAAAAAAGUGUUGAGGCUAUUCAAUAUUGGUACGACAAUUUUAGUGACGGUUACGUAACACUGAAAUUGGCCUAUAAUUAUUUACGAGAUUGUAAAAAAGUUGAUUUUGCGGAAUUGACAGCCAGAACUGAGGCAGAACGCCAAAGAGCAGAAGAAGAGAGGCGAAGACUUGAUGAAAUAAAGAGAAAAAAGAUAGUAAAGAUUAACAAUGAACUGGAAGAAAGCUCAUCAGAAAUAAAGGAUUUUGUGGUACAGUUUCAGAACUGUUUCAAACUUCUAAUUCCAGAUGUUAAUGACUUUUUCAUUGCCUUUAAUGAUGAAGAACCCUCCUGUCAGGAAGGUGGAUUCAUUCAUGGUGAAGAAAAUAUUAAGGACGAGGGGUUUCUUCCUGAGGGAAGUGAGGAGGAAGACAAAGACAUUGAGUAUGGUUCAGAGUUCAUGCGUGGUCAUGGUAUUAUGAAAGGAACAAGCAUUCAAAUUAAUUUGGAAGAUGUUAGAAAAAUUCAGGAAACUCCUGAUAAUGAGGUUGUGAUAGAGAACCUCAAAGAGCAUGUACAAAUUUUGAACACAAAAUUUUUGCCCCAAGUUAAGAGAUGGGAGCAAACCAUGCGACCUUAUAGUGAGGGAAAUGGAAGCUUAAUCAAGAAUAUUCUUGAACUAAAACAAUUGGUUGGGCAGGCUGUCAAAAUGUUUGAGUCUCUGAAAAUCAUACCUAAAGAAAAACCACAUCCCACAGUCAGUGUUGAUUUUGAUAGUGAUGAUGAUGAUGACUUUAUAGAGGUGCCUUUUGAUGAUCCACGAGUAGUAAGUGCAGCAGCUUCAGAAGUAGUGCUCUUGGGUAUGGAUAGAUCAUCCUGGAAUACAUUUGACUUUCAGUCUGAUGAUUUAACAACUCAACCAUCAACUUCGGGUGUAUCUCAGACUUACGGACAACAAUCAAAAAAUGAAGCAGUUAAGGCUAAGAAAAAGUCUCAGACCAUAAGAUGCCCAGAUGAAUAUCUCGGUAAAACCAACUUUACACUUAAACGUCUUCAUAAUCCACUUGCUGGACUAAGUCAGGUGUGGACAGCAACACCAGACUUGCAUGAACAGGAAGAAAUCCAGAAUACAGGUGGUGUACUGGGAGUGGCAACCCAGAGAGUGAAUUAUGAACGGGCUUGGGAACCUAUAAAAUGGACUUGUCGAGCUCCACUGACAUCUGGUCGUUUAUGUCCUCGUCAAGAUAGAGAGAAGUGCCCUCUUCAUGGACCAAUUGUGCCCCGUGAUGAAGCUGGCAAACCUCUCCGUCCCGAGGAUGCUGCUAAAGAACAUGCAGCUCGUGAAAGGUAUGAGAGAGACCACCCUGCCUGGCAGGACCCACAACUUUUGGCAGAAUUAAAAGCAGCUACAGGUAUUGAUCUAAAAGUGCCUAAAGGGAAACAAAAACGUAAGCGCAAAUAUGAAAAUCUGACUGAUUUGAGGAAGAUGACAGGAAGAGACAGAUUGACCAAGAAGGUCCUCAGCAAAAAGGCUUUGAGACGUUUAAAUGCCUCUUUAGCACGUGAACAUACUUCAGCUCCAAAUGGGUCUUCUUCAUUUAAUUUUGGCCAGAGGUAAGGACAGCUUAUAUAGUGCUGGUAAUAAGUUUAAUUUAAAAGUACAGUACUGUAUGUGCAGUACAGUACGUACUGACCUGUUGAUAAUCUUAUACAAUAUUUCUCAUAUUGCAGAGAUACAAUGUAAUGUAAUACAGUUGUGCCCUGAUAAUCAAUGAAUAUAGGGACCAGGAAAAGUCGUUGGUUAGUGAAUCAACGGUUAUCAAAGAAACUAAUCCCAUACGAACGUUAAUUCAGGAGGCUAAGGAAUGGCCACCUUCCAAAAACUCCCCCAUCUACCCUUGAUACAUAUCUUUGUGGUGCACACUGUCAAGCAAGAAAAUAAAGCAGACAUACUGUACUGUUAUAUGAAGCAGGGGUUAUUGAGAGCGUUGGUUUUUGGGGUACGAUACCUGUACAGCAUUUGAAUUGGAGACUCAUAAUAUAUUUUUUUUCCAUCCUGUGUGCUUUGUAAAGUUCUUUUUGAAUUAAAAUAAUAUAUUAAGGAUU